UGUGUGUGUGUGUGUGUGUGUAACAAAAAAAGUGUUCUGUCUGUAUUGGAGGGGGUCCUGAAACGUCACAUCCAAGGACGCUGGAAGGAGGUUGUACACUGUGCGCAAUGCAGAAAGGGAACAGCCGGCGGUGCCUUCACUGAUCAUUGGAACACAGACCUUCACUGCUGAUUACAAUCUCAAAUACUACUUUGGAACACCAUUCCAACAUAACAUGUUCCAGGGGAGAUCAUAUUCUGGCUCUGGAACGCGCCAAAGAAAUAAAAACUGGUGCGCCUACGUUGUGCACAAGAACGUGAGCUGUUCCGUCGUGGGAGGCACGGAGAGUUUCGUGCAGCCGGAACUUUUGCCGUGUCCUCCGGAGCUGCCAAACUGUGAGCAACAAGUGAUAUAUCGGACACAGUUCAGGCCCAUGUAUAAGAUUGCAUACAAGACUUUAACAGAGCUGGAGUGGAGGUGCUGCCCGGGUUACCAGGGCCAUGACUGCAUGGAGGUGAAGGAUCUGAAGCGGCUCCAAGUAGAGCGUAUGCCUCCUGCCCCCUUUGCCUCUGGACAUAUUCCAGUCCCAGAAGCUCCAGAUCAGCGGACAGAGAAUCAGAGGAACCAUCCAUGGGGAGGGGAGGGGCAGUUUGGAGGUCAGACAGGUCAAAGGCAACAGUCGGUUCAUGGAGGAUCUCAAAGCGAGCAACACCUGGAGGAGGAGGUGCAGCGGCUGUCCCAGAUGAUCCUUGACAUGCAGGCAAGAAUGACUGACAUGUCUUCCAAUCUGAGACUGGAUUUUCAAGAGGACGCCAGUAAAAUGCUGGCUACGCUGCUGAAUAACUUCAGACAGCCCUCCAGCGCGAGAGGGGCAGAGAGCCACAUCGCUCAGGUGCAGGACUUCUCUUUUGGGAGUGAGACAACGCAGAUGGACGAGGUCAUGAACAAGAUCAGCCAGGUCACAGACGAUCUGGAGUCCAAGAGCAAUGCCCUGGACAACCUGCUGGGUCGUGUCAACAGCCAUGACGGACAGAUUCAUCUGUUAAUGGAGGCUGCCCAGAACCAGCUGCCCACACCCGCUCCUGCUCCUCCAACCAGUGGUGCAGACCUGCGGGCCUACCUGGACGAGAAGAUCAGCGCUCUGAGAGAGGAGUUAAUGGAAGGCAUGGACAUCAAAAUAGCAGACAUGAAGAACGCCUGCGACUAUAAAAUCACAUCGGUUCAGGAGCAGUGUGAGGGAACGGAAACAAACUAUCUCAGCCUGGCCGAGCUCAUGGAAUCAAAGGAAGCUGACCUUCGGAAGGAGAUCCAGGACCUUAAGACCCAGCUUAUUGGUCCAGGAAAUGCAGACACCGGUCUUGUGGACAUCCAUCUGAACUCAUCUGAGAAAACGUCAGCGUCCCAAUGUCUUUCCGUUGAGGUGAAGCUGAAGCAAGAACAGGCAGAGGCCAUCAAAGACCUGAGGGACACUCUGGAGGAUAAGCUUUUCUCCAUGGAAGAAAGACUCACCACCAUGUUGGCAAAUACCAGCACCAACUCUCCAUCUGGGGGUCUUUUAAAUGUUGUAGAAAACAUUCAACAAGACUUCCAGAGCUGCAGAACUGCUGUAGAUGCUGUGGAAUCAAGUCUAAAGGCUCACAUUGAUGGAGCCACGGAGGGCCAACUCCCCAACUCCAGCACCAGCAUUGAGCACGUCCACAGCGAGUUAAGCUAUCUUAAAGGACGUGUAGGGAUUUUGGAGGACUCUCUAUCAGAUGUAGUCAACCAGCAGUCUCAAGCGUCUCUGAUCCUCAACUCCACCUGGGGUCAAGUCAAAACAGGGGCUGAGCAGGAGGCCAAGGACCUCCUGGAGCAGCAUCAAGAGCUGAGAACCCAUCUGGACGAGCUUCGCAGGGAGGUGAACGCUGGGGCCGACCACUGCAAGGGACAAACUGAAGAUGUCGGGCAGGAGAUUGCACGCAUUGACAGCCGCAUUGUUAGUGUGGAGAGUUUAUGUGGCAAACUGGAUCCCAUCUCCUCUAGCCUCCAGAGGAUCAAAGAGGCUCUGAAUGAACACGUCACUGGGUUGUGGACUUGUGUCAAACAUCUGAAUGGUACGGUCAGCGCUCAUGCCCGAGAUAUUGGAGGACUGAGGGGAACCUGUGAGAACAUCCAGAACCAAAUCUCUAAUGCAGCCACGGACCUCCGGGUGCUAACCAACAGCAAUACUGGGAAGACAGGUAUUCAUGUUUCAGUGGAGGACCCAGGACUUCCCCAGGGUGCAGGUAAGAGCCUCACAGGGCCGCUGGAGCCCCCUGAGGCCUCCCCCCCACAGCCCCCUGUGAUGGAGACCGGGGAGGCGGGACCUCCCGGGAAGAUGACCUCGUCCAAGCUGCCCAAGGGGACGGGCGGCAGCAUGAUGCCUGUCCUGGGCUUCGCUGGCGCUCCAGCCCCCCCUGACCCCAUUAAGACAAGCAUGCCACUCAUCUUAGAUGUUAACAUGCCACGCCAGAAAUCUGCCUCUGCUUCAGAUGAGAGGGUGUCGUUCUCCGCCGGGCUGACGCUGCAGCCGUUCCAGGGAGAGAAGGGGAUCAUUAGAUUCGACAAGGUGCUGCUCAAUGAUGGUGGACACUAUGACGCUCACACAGGAAUCUUCACAGCGCCCACUGACGGCCGCUACCUGGUGACGGCCGUGCUGGCGGCGCAGCGAGGGGAGAGGGUGGAGGCGGUCCUCUCCGUGUCCAACCGCAGCGUCCAGAAGUUAGACUCCACCGGCUUCCUGUCCGGAGCGGCUUCACCUCUGUCACAUGACCAGUGUCCCUGCAGCAGCUCCACCUCCCUGAGCCUGGUGCUGCCGCUGAGGAGAGGAGACCGAGCGGGAGUCGUCAUGACGGCGGGGAAACUCGCCAUCUCCGCCUCCUCUGAGAUCCUGUCAUCUUUCAGCGCCACGCUCCUUUACCCCAGCAGCCCCUCCAAACGGUAGCCAUGCCUUCUUUAAAGACACCUCAUCAUAUCAUGGACAUAUUAAGGCUAAUGGGUAUUUUCUAUUAUCAGGGAGGGAAAGACACUCUAAAAGAGGUUAAAAAUAGUCUCAAUAAAUGAGAUUAUUUCUAUCCUAAGUACUAAUAUAUAGAGCAUUUACACUGCAUUUUAUUGCCGUCCACCGCAGUUUGUUUCUUAAUAUUUAAA